AUGAAACUAGGACGCCUUCACAGCAGUAGUAGUGGAAAGGACAGCGGUACAGGCGUCCACCAUGCCGGCGCAAAACGACCACGCACGGGGGCAUCGAUCGCUCCGCUUUCAACAACAAUGCCCCCACCCCAGCCUAAACCACAUCAUGACCAACACCAUCACCAUCACAGGCCGUCCAAAGCAUCGUGCUCGGAAGCAGUAGGGGAGAGGCUGACAGAUUCCCGGGUAGUAGCUGAGGUUUCAAGCGCACGGCACCACGCCCUCAGGGCAAUCUCCGUGACACUAUCCCGCCCCAGCUGUCGCUGCUCCCGACCUUCCGGUGUCGAGAGCGUUGACAACAUCAACAGCGGUUGCAACUGUUGCUUGGCAAGGAGGCCGAGUGAUGGUUCGGUUGCCCGACAAUGGCAGCAGCAAGCGCAAUCCAAAACCUUCACGCUGGAGCAGCGAGAUUCCCGCGACACCAUCAUCUUAGUCACAGAUGACGAGACCAGCAACACAAGCCACCUAGUCGGGACGGGGGCCGCAAGAACCAUCACCGUAUCCCAGGUGCUCGACCUACGGCACGGGGCGACAUCAACAGCCACACGGCAGGGUGGUGACGGCGGUAACCGGUCUAGACGAGAUAGACGAGAUGAACGGACGUCGACGUCACGAGAUACGGGAGUCCAGGCUACUAGAGUGGACGGGGAUGAUGAGGGGAAAGCGGCAGCGGUGGAGGUGGUGGUCGGGGUGCUAUCGUUUGAGUCGCUGCGAGAGGGGGACGUGGCGGUGUCUUCGCUGUUUCUCAAGGACGAAACCGGUAGUCUGCCUGACACGGUGGACGCUGACCAAGGACAAGACGCCCACCGCUGCGUUGGGCGAGGGACUCGUCCCUCUUCUUCUUCGCGUGUUUCACUCCCGUCUUUCACUGCCUGCCUGGAGGUUACCGAGAUGUGCCAUCUCGCUCAUGAAGACGAGCACAAUGCCAACAGGUACAACAACAACACUUUCAAAGGCAACGGCAUCACGAACGACGACGACAGGACAGUCAGAGCGGACGGCUUUGAGGGGUGCGUCAGCAGAAGCUGCAGCAGCGACAAAGUCAAUGGCGUUCGUCGCAAUGUCGCUGGGGAUGGUAUGCGUAGAAGCAGUGACAAAGGCAAGCCAGCAGAAGGGGAAAGGCAAGGGCCAGCAUUUGGAGGGGGCGGAGGCGGGCAGGAGAGCAACCUUGGGUGGUCCUGCGUACCACGUGCAUCAGCGCAGAGGCCAACGCUGUCACAAGUUUGGGCUCAGGGCGCGCUAGGGCUUGACGCCUUCGUUGUCCGCAAGGGAAGGGGUCCAUUUGAUGUUGUGGCCAGGGUCGCGGCUGUAAGCCCCGUGAUCCGCUUCAAAAAUGCCUCUCCCUUCUUCAUGGUGGAAGUCGAACAAGCGGAACCACACCAAACCCGGCAGUCGGAACAGUGGGAGCAGGAGCAGCAGCAGCAGCGACAGCAACAGCGGCAUCCAGAGGGCCCCCGUCCCCCCGUCCUCCCUCCUUCCUCUCCUCCAGAGGCGCAGAGAACAUCGCGAGUUUGCCGAAGUCCCGAAGAAAUUUCCGCUCUUUUUCCGUUCCCCACUUCCGGUGACCAUGCCGGUGCACCAAUAGCGGCUUCCGGUGCCGGCGAUCAGGGUGAGCAAAGAAGCACCCCACAGGCUCCCGUGGCCGAACAGUGGCCCGCCCCCGCCGCCGCCCAUUCCGCACGGAAUUCGGGAGCGGAGAGUGGUGAUGGUGUUGGCGUUGAUGGGGGUGAGGGCAGGGAAGGAAGUGGCUACGGUGGUGCUACCGGCGGCGGUGGUGGCAAGUAUAGGGGCGGGUGCCGGCAGCAGCAGAAUCAUACGACACUUCCGCCAAGCGAAAGACAAGAGCAGCAGCGUACAGAGCUUACCGCGAUGCUGGUGCUGACCGGGCAGCGCUGUCUGUCCUGGCAGGCGUUUCUCGUGCCGGGGAAGACGUUCGUUUUUCCCCAGGUGGGAGUGUUUGUGCUUGGUGGGAGCCGCCGUAGCAAAGGCGGCGGCAGCGCCGGUAAGCCUGGCAAUACCUACAGAGCUUUCGGAGAUGGUGCGCGAUCUGACGGGCGGGGCGGGGCUGGAGGGAUAUCAAAGGCUACGCGGCUCCUCGUCGAGGUGGACGCGCGCGUUUCGGGACCCGGUGGCAACAGCGAUGUUCAUGAUGGUCAUGGUGGUGACGAUGCCCUGGCGCUCGGACAUUCCCAUUCCCGUACCCAAUCUACCACCUCGAGCGCGCCUCCGCCUUCCGGAGCGGACGAAUUGUCGGCGAGGAUUACGCGAACGAUGGAGUCGAUACCGGGACCAAGGGACCAACAUGCCGAGAAACGAGCAGGGAGCGCCAAAAGGAGGCGGGUCACGGGCGGCAGUAGUGGCACCGGCGCCGACGCAAUCGGCCGCAGCAUCAGCGGCUGUGACAGCACGGAUAGCAGCAGCAGCGGUGGCGACGAGAGAAAAUGGGGUGACGUCGGUGUUGGUGGUGGUGGUAACGGGGGAGGCGUUGUUGACGAUGGUGACGGUGACGGUGACAAUGACGGCAGCUGUGGCGGGGACGGGGCCUGUGGGGGUGUUCAUGUGUUGACCUACAACGGGACGAUCACAGGGCUCGGCAGUCAGGUGGCUCAAACUGUCACAUUUGUUCUUACGAGCCUGCUCAGGACGUUUUCCGGUUGGUGGCCAGGAAUCAACCUGUACCUGCAACAUCUGUGCUGCUCUUCCCUGGGCGCGGGUCUGAGGCGGGGCGCCAACGUCAGAGUGCAUAAUGUGCACCCAGUGUAUGCUGGGGCCACAUUGAUUGCUCUGGGGGCUUGCCUUCGGACGACCGUGCAGGUGUUGCGGUUCUCCCCCCUGGGUGAAAACGCCUCCUAUCGCCCGCUCACAGGAGGACCUACCCCUCUCCCGCUCGCGGUACACGCUUGGCGGCAAUCGUUCAACGCAGUGUUUUUGCGGAAAGAACUCUGGGCGCCAAUGCCGCGGCAGCAGCAGCAGAAAAAACUACGAAAUCACAACCAGCACCAAGCGCGAUACCAACAUCAGCACUUUCAACAGCCGCCCGAUGGGAGCAGGAUUGGGGCCACCGUUUCCACAACCCCUCUCGGUUGGUCGGUUUCGACUGCCUCAGGUACCGGCGAUGAUCACCGUCGACGAACACCGUGUUCCUCCAGUUCCUCCUCCUCCGCGUCUCCUCGAGGUCCAACCGCAGCGGCAGCGGGCAACGCCGGCGGUGGUAGGGCUACCGGAACUGGUCUGCCAAGGCAUCCUCCGUCUCCCUCUCCUUCCUCUCUCCAGCCUUCGGGUUUCGUCACCGCUGGGCAAUUGUCUAGGUCGCGACCAAGUCCAGGAAUGGCUGGCGGCGGCGAGUGGGGGAGUGAUGGUGAGACGAAGGGCGGAACAGACACAGCGGCAGCGGGGGCAGAUUUCCUGACAGGGGGGUUGGCGAUGGCGGCGAUGGCGGCGACGUGGGAAGAGAGGGUGUGUCGGUGGGUGUUCGGACCAGAUGUGAGGGCGAUGAGACUGCCUAAGAGGGACGUUUACGCGGAGUUUUUGGAUCACCCGCCUGGCGUUUGCGGCAUCGUUGAUCCGGUAGAUCUCGCAGGUCUCGUAGGCCCGGCACACGAGAGCAGUGGCUGCGACUCGCGCGGAAGGAAGAUGCCAACCAAACGUGACAAGGAAGAAAAGAGCGCAAAGACACCCAAGAGGGGGUUUUACCGAGAAGGGAGCUGCGAGGUGGGAUACGGCGGCUUCACGUCGGCGGAAGACGGGAGUGAUGGAGAGGCACAUAUCCUUUCAGAUGACAAAAUGUUGAUUCAACGCGCCGACGAAGGCUGGCAUGGCGACUCGUAUGGAGACGAAAUUUGCAGCGGUGGCGCGAAUGGGCACUGCUCUCGCCCGAGCUGCUGUUGCUCCUGCUGGUCCUGUCGACCUUCUCCCGAAGAUGUCCUGCGCGCCGCCGCGAGAUCUCUUUCAGAAUCCCUUGAGGUGGCAGUUGAACACGCUGCCGACAUUGUACCAUCAAUCAUGUCGCGGUCGAUUCUGUGCGGCGGCGGUGGCGGUGGCGGUGGCGAGAGCUACGCCGGUUCAACAGGAGGAAAGACUGCCGUGGCACGAACAUCAGCAGCAGGAGCGAUGAAGAACGCCACCUUCACGGUGAGAACCCCCUUCGGCUCGAGAGCAGGCCGAGCAGAAGGUCUGUUGGCCUGGCUGCAUAUUCCGCGCAGCGGUAAGAGAGAACAAGCAAAAGGAGAAGCAGCACCAGCAGCAGCAGCAGGAGCGGCAGCAGCAGCAGCAGAAGUCGAAGUUUCAACGAUGGAGUCACCUCUCGCUGAGCGACCUGAUACUGUUGCCGCAGCGGUGGAGAGCCGGAAGCAACCGAACGGUGAGAAAAUCAUCCACGGAGCCCCUUCGCUGAGGCUAAGUUCUAAGGAUAACUCCUCUGCGUCUCCGAGGGCUCGGUGUGGAAGCGACGCAGCAACCAACAGUUCGCUGGCAUCAACCCAAGCGUGCCUGUGGCUUGAAGACCGAACGGCGUGGGCCAGAGUCAUGCUAUUGGCUGCGCCGCGACCCUCCGGGCCGAGCGGGGCGACGGGUGCUGCGGGUUGCGCAUAUGCGAGUGCACGUGUGGUCGAUGUUGCGGCCGGGCCGGAGUUGGCGGAGGUGGUAUCUGCAGCGGGUAGAUACAGCGACGAUUGUGACGGUGGCAGCCAACGAGGAGGUCAAACGGGUUGCGAUCAAGGUCAUCCUGGGCGGGGGGACGCCGAUGUCUCUGCCGAUUCUACCCUUGCUCUCGUCCGAAAGUAUGCCGUCUGCACGGAGGUUGUUGUGCUCGGUCCCGCGGGAUCGCCGAGAUCAACAAAGGCACUAGCCAAAAUUGCGGCACCAAAAGACCCAUCAUCAUUAGCAGGGACGGCUUCAUCAGGAUCAUUCGCAACAAGCGCGAAAUCAUCAGUCGCUCAAGGCAGAGUACCAAGAUCUACCUCCUCCAGCAAGAAGACUGCAUCACCAUCACCGACUCAUUCAAGCCCGAGCGGCGGUGGUGGCGGUGGCGGCGGUGGCGGCGGUGGCGGCGGUGGCGGCGGUGGUGCCUCUUCGUACGCCCGGGAUGGGUUUCGACCACCCCGCACUACCAGCAGCCGAGGCGACACAGCCGAAUGGGUCGGGUAUACAAUCCCGUGCGAAACGGUUAGGGCCGUUUAUGGGGUUAGGGUUCUGAUGCGGAGCUACCUCGUGGUGGAGGCGAAAGACGUGUCGUUGUUGCCCGGGUCUAUUAACGGCAAGAACAGCAGAACGAGCAGCAGCAGCAGCAGCAGCAGCAGCAGCAGCAGCAGCAGCAGCAGCAGCAGCAGCAGCAGCAGCAGCAGCAGCAGCAGCAGCAGCAGCAGCAGCAGCAGCAGCAGCAGCAGCAGCAGCAGCAGCAGCAGCAGCAGCAGCAGCAGCAGCAGCAGCAGCAGCAGCAGCAGCAGCAGCAGCAGCAGCAGCAGCAGCAGCAGCAGCAGCAGCAGCAGCAGCAGCAGCAGCAGCAGCAGCAGCAGCAGCAGCAGCAGCAGCAGCAGCAGCAGCAGCAGCAGCAGCGGCAAGAGUGCUAGCGGCGGCAUCGAAAGGAACAAGAGAGACGAAGCGAAAAACCAACGACACUGCCUCGACUACGUCAAUGCCGCUGCUGGGACAAACCUCGGGUUUGAGCACCAGCGUCAUGGAGCGACUUCGGGAGCAGACGAGCAAACAGCUUUGACAGGCACGAAAGGCAAGCAGAAGGAGCGAGAUUUAUCCCCGCGUAGACCAUUAGCGCCACGGAUUCUCUCUGUGAGCGAAGCUCUUAUCAUCCAGCUAGCUGCGGCCGGUGCGUCCUCCUCAGCGACCGAUAGCUCCGGCGGCGUCGGCGAUAGGAGAGGUAGGCGAGGAGGCGGGGGCGGGGGGGGACCAAAACUCGCCUCCGGGCACGAGCGAGAGUCGAUGGUGGUGAGGGGUCUCCUACGAUAUGUAGGCUUUCGCACCGUUGCCGAUGGAGGAGGCAACGGACGCCGACGGCAAAAGGUCCUCCCGGCGGCUGUAACUGCUGUCAAGGACCAAGGCCACGGCAUCAAAGGCGAUUUAGGCGCGUCCACUACGUCGGAAGUAGACAUGUUCGAGGUGCUAUCUGAGGAGCGAGUGCAGCUUUGCCUGACACUGGAGCACGCCGCGGACAAGAUCAGCGUCUACCUGGGGGUUUCCCCGGAGGCGUGGCCCGUGGGGAUGGUUCCGGGGUUUUGUACAGUACAGGUGGAAGGAGUUUGCAGGAGGCUCUCCGGUAACGGCAAGAGCGUCUACCUGGCGGUGGCUAGAGCCGGCGGCGGCACCGUAAGGGUUCUGUCUCUAGCACUACCUCCCCCACCGGAGAACCUCCCUGCGCUGGGCUGGUCAGCUCCUCCCCAUCCCCCAUCAGUGCGGGGGGUCAGUAGCACCACCCGUCUCGGCCAUGAACCAGGAUACCUCGCGUCCAUGCCCGUGCCAGCUUGCCAGGCAACAACAGCGACAGCGGCAGCAGCAGCGGUAGCUGGCGGCGGCCGUGCCAGUACCACCUUUAUGAAUUCCUCCGACGACUCUGUCCGCUCGGAUAGAGUUGGACACACUCCGUCGUCAGCCCCCCUGCUGUUGUUCCCCAGACCCAGAACCAGACCGGUAUCCUCAUUUGCAAGGGACGACGCCGACCACAGCGGGAUCAACACUAGCCAAAGAAUACGCGGGAGCAGUGGGGGUUGGGGUUGUAGCGGUCAUGAGAGCGUGGAUCCAGUGGUGAUGGCCAGCGGACGCGGCGUGAUUCGGGCAACGAGGGGUGGGCGCGUGGUCUUGCUCGACACGCACCCCGCCGAUGCGCCUCCCUCCCCCCCACCCAACGACACUAUUAGUUGCGAUGGCGGCGACAACGGUGCGAGUGUUGCGGACGCCGCUGCCGGGUCGUGGGCUUGCCCCGAGGGAAACGGCGGUGCCGCUUGGAAAAGAGCAAGAGUCGGGGAUGGGUCGGUCCCACCGUUCCCCCUCUCGUCACGCGAAAACACCUCGGCUGGUCGUCGUGCAGCGACUGUGCCUGUUCGAGAUCUCGGUAUGGACCUUAUCCCGAAAGCUUCGUCAAAAGAGGUAUCAACGUGGGCAGAGCUGACGCUUGCAGGACAGGUUUCAGAACCGGUUCUGAGAGUGCCACCAAGAUCAGUGUCGCAACAACCGGCCGCGAUGGAGGCACCGGGGGCUACUUCGAGUUCAUCCUCCACGCUCGGGGCGAUGUUCAAGCGCGGGAUAUUGGUUCGUGCAACAACAAAUUUCUCUUGCCUCUCUGUCGUCGGCGUCAGGUUUGCCAAAGCCGCUACCUGGUGCAAGAAUUGCGGCCCGGUCCGCGAGAAGGACCUCUCCAUGGGUCGGUGUUGGGGGAGGUGCGAUGUGUCUUCGAACUGGGAAGUGCGCUGGGAGGGCUCGGCCAACAUCGAUGACGGCACCGCACAGGGUUUGGUGCUUCUCGAUGGCGAGGACGUGGUGAAGCUACUCAAGCUAUCCACAAUCGCCAGGGACGACAUCGAGGAGGCCGCUCGGCGGCACGGACCGGUGAGCUUCUCAGGCCAGUCUGGUGGCCACAGCAACAGCGCUUUGGCUUCUGCCGUAGGCGCGGCACCGCCAACCGCCCUCGCGCAAGCACGGGCGGCUCUGGCGGCGGCGGCGGGGAGGGCAAGCUGUUCCUCGAGAGCGGGACACGUGUCCGCGAGCUGCGUGCAGGCGUUUCCCCGCGGGGGCGGCAGCAGAGGAGGAGGGUAUGGGUCGGCGGUGGUGGAUGUGAUGGGUGAGGGGAUGGAGACCCUUACCUUGCCGAAGCUGGUGCUGCAUGGCUCUGGGCUGGAGGUAGUCGACGCCAGGGGCGAGGCGUACGCGGUGUUGGCCAGGCUAGGAGAGCUUUGAUUGGCAUGUCGAAAGAGAGCUUCUAUCGUUUCGCUUGUUCCCUGCAAAGCCAAAUAGCUGCUUUUGGUUUGUGUUCAAAUCGGAGAUGGCCGAGAUGGUAGACUGGAUUUCGAAGGUGUGUUUAUGCGAUGUGCAGGCCUUGUAACCUCUCAGGGAGUGAUCGGUUGUCACUGUCGAUUGAGGAUUGAGUGGGUGUCAGCGUUGGGUUCGCUCACAUGCUGUGCGUGCCCUGUUCUUUGGAUAGGCAGACCACGGAGGUCUGCGAUUCACCUGUGCUCGUAUUUGGUUAUUUCUGACGCGGCUUCACUCCGUUGGUCGUUGUAGUCUAGCCUAAUGUGAGUAGAAGCGCUACGUCGUAACCUCGAAAAGGCAAGUCUCCUCAUCAUGUGUGCGCGGUUCGGUGUUUUCCUUCCGACUGGAAUUGCCGAAACCUUCGCGAGAAGACUGAGACAAAGAUAAUCUUGUAGCUGGUGUCACUCGAUCUUCACACACUUCACGAAAUGUCUUGAGACUUAUUACUGUAGUUGUCCUUAAAAAGGCAUGUAGACUACAGCCAUAUACCGUCAUCGCACCCCGCGGU